AAAAAACCCCGUACAAUUAUCGAAGCAUAUCGGCAUACGGGGGUUAACGGCAUAGUUUUAAUAUGCUUAACGACCAAAAUAACGGUUACAAAAUACCGUACGCUCCGUAUAAUUGUUUUUAAAAAAGGGCAAACAAAUAAGGUUUUAAUUAUUGCUUUAUUAGAAAUCGAUAACCUUUUGCAACGGGAACGCGUUGCAAAUACUUAUAUAAAGCGAAGAAAAGGUAAUGUCCGUUUUAAAAGCAAAUUUAUUAAAAUUAAAAGCGUUACGGCGGCGUUUAUUGCGCGCUUUACGCUUUUUUUCGGCAAAAAUCUUUUUGCCGCGGCGGUUAAAGCCCGCCGGGGGGUUACCGGCAAAACGUUUGCGGGAAUUUUAAAAGGUUACAAACGCAAAAGGGCCCGAUAA